UCUUUGGGUCUGCUCGGUCCCUACAAAUUUCUUGACACUGGUUAUAUGCGGUCGGUCUCCUAUCCCAAUCCGCCUGUGGCUAGGUGGCCCUCCCUCGUUGCGAGGCGGCGUCAUUGACCCCUGGGUUGGGGAGGGUAGAAUUCAGGCCCAUUGGAACCAGGGAAAAAGAGGAGGACCCAGUCGGAGAACUCCCCGCAAGGGGUCUGAACCGAAUGGGUGCUCGACCACUGCCAUAAAGAAGUUGAUGUCGGUGCAAGUGGCAAAACUCAUAUGCAGUGGUUGAGACGGUCGACUCUUUUUCAGGGGGAAAGCUCGAAGCUCACUUGAGGCCAAAAACCUGGAAUGAGACCCAUGUUGACUGUGGACGAUCUUGAUUGG